CAAUGUCCUGGAAAGACACCAACUGCCACAAGCGCAUCCUGCGCGACGCCGAAGCCGGGGGCUACGGUGUCAUCGCCGCCAUCGCAUACAACAUUGAACAAGUACUUGGCCUGGUUCGAGCCGCAGAAACUGCCCGCUCGCCCCUCAUUAUUCAAUUCUUUCCAUGGGCGAUUGAGGCCACUGACGGCUUGCUCGUACGGACCGCCGCAGACGCUGCUCGACGGGCGACAGUCCCUAUCAGCAUCCAUCUCGACCAUGCGCAGUCGGAAGAUAUCAUCAAACGGGCGGCAGAUCUGCCAUUCGAUAGUAUCAUGGUUGAUAUGUCGCAUUACGAGAAAGAAGUCAACUUGAAGAAAACUCGCGAGCUGGUGCGAUACUGCAACGACCGUCAGAAAGCCACCGAGGCGGAGCCUGGUCGGAUUGAGGGGGGCGAAGACGGCGUUAUGGACACGGCUGGGCUCGAAGCGUGCAUGACCACCGCCGAGGAGGUGGAUGAGUUUGUGGACACGGGAGUCGAUGUUCUUGCCCCGGCUUUUGGAAAUGUUCAUGGCGAAUAUGGGUCGCGCGGGCCACAGCUGGAUUUUGAGCGGUUCGAGAAGAUUCGCAAGCAGUCAAACGGUCGAGUAAACUUGGCGCUUCAUGGGACCAAUGGAUUUGCUCCCGAGCUUAUGAAGCGCUGCGUGGCUGCUGGAGUGAGCAAGAUCAACGUGAACCGGCUGGUGUUGGAUGAUUACUACGACCACCUUCGAGCCAACGUGGGCAAGAUGCCACACACUCAGUUGAUCGAGGAGGGUAUCCAGAAAGUGGCGGAACUGACUGCCAAGUGGAUGGAAAUUUGCGGAUCUGCAGGAAAGGCAUAAAGGAAUUGCAGUUAGAUAGGAUAGAUAAAUUGGCAUGUGAAUGGUUGCAUUCCUGCCAGAGCUCUGGC